AUGGGUGAGGCAUCCUAUGUGAUAGGAAUAGAAAUAUUCCGUGAUAGAUCACAAGGAUUAUUGGGAUUGUCUCGAAAAGACUAUAUCGAAAGAAUUCUAGAGAGAUUUAAUAUGAACAAUUAUUUCGCAGGAAUUGUUCCAAUUCAAAAAGGGGACAAAUUUAGUCUCAUGCAAUGCCCUAAGAAUGAUGUAGACCGAAAGGAAAUGGAAAUAAUUCGUUACUCUUCAGUUGUUGGUAGUCUGAUGUAUGCUCAGACUUGCACAAGACUGGAUAUUAGUUUUGCGGUCGGAAUGCUAGAAAGAUAUCAGAGUAACCCAGGAACUGAUCACUGGAAAGCUGCAAAGAAAAUUUCGCUGGAUGUAUUGACACUAGAAAAUCCACGUUUGGUUAUUUGUUCUAAUAAGCUGAAGGAGCAAUAUCGUGGAAAAGUGCCAAACAGACUUGGGGUUGUCGACACCAUUAGCAAGCCGCUGAAAAUUUACUGUGAUAAUUCUGCAGCAGUAUUCUUCUCCAAGAACGAUAAGUACUCCAAAGGUGCCAAACAUAUGGAAUUAAAGUACUUUACCGUCAAGGAGGAAGUUCAGAAACAAAGAGUGUCGCUUGAGCAUAUUACAACUGAUCUCAUGAUUGCAGAUCCAUUAACAAAAGGUUUACAGCCGAAGAUAUUUAAGGAACAUGUACAUAGAAUGGGUAUUGACUGUAUUUAUGACUGA